ACUGGAGAGAAACAGACGCCCCUCGGCUAGGCUUUAUUUGUCCCUCGCUUCCUCCCAAGAGGCUAGUGGGCGUGAAGGAGAACGAGGUGGCGAGAGAAGAGACGGAGUGCAGGGCGACAACAUGACGAUGAUUUUGGGCUACUGGGAUAUUAGAGGGCUUGCUCACAGCAUCCGAUUACUACUGGAAUAUACAGGAACACCUUAUGAAGAGAAGCUCUACAGCUGUGGUGAAGCUCCUGACUAUGAUAAGAGCCAAUGGAUCAGUGAAAAGGAGAAGUUGGGACUGGAUUUCCCUAAUCUUCCUUACCUAAUUGAUGGCAAGACCAAGUUUACACAGAGCAAUGCCAUUCUCCGGUACAUUGCACGCAAGCACAAGAUGUGUGGAGAGACUGAGGAGGAGAUUAUCAGAGUGGAUAUGCUAGAGAAUCAGGUGAUGGACUUCCGCAUGAGUCUUGUGAUGGUCUGCUACAAUCCUGACUUUGAGAAACUAAAGCCGGGGUACCUGGAGCAGCUACCAGCAAAGCUGAAGCAGUUCUCCCAGUUCUUAGGGGAGAGAAAGUGGUUUGUUGGGGACAAGAUCACAUUUGUAGACUUCCUCAUGUAUGAUGUCCUCGACCAAAACCGCAUGUUUGAACCGAAGUGUCUCGAUCAGUUCAAGAAUCUCCAGGAUUUCCUUGCCCGCUUUGAGGCUCUGGAGAAGAUUGCUGCCUACAUGCGCUCUAGCCGCUUUAUGAAGACUCCCAUCAAUAACAAGAUGGCCAAAUGGAACAACAAGAAAGAAUAGAGGAAGGAUAAAAAAAGCCUUGUUGGUGGCUGCCUUAGCUGGAAUUGGAUGGGUAGAUUAAAGACUAUUUUCUAGUCUCUGUUCUUUCUGUAGAAUGAUUAUUAAGGUUUCUGUAUCUUGCUUGAAGGCUUCAGUAGCCAAUAAAGAAUCUUGGAAUCA